UGCCACGUCAGUGGUGUCGCUUCAAGCUGUCAAGUAGCAGAGUGAGUUCAGCAAACCAGCUAUAACUCAAUGGAGGAGGCUUUCUGUGGAUUGUAAAGAAGAAUAAUUAUUUAAGUUUUCUUUCACCAUGUUACACCCUUGCCUUUUAAUUUUGGCUGUGUACAUAGCCUUUAUAAAUGCCACCGAAUUAACGUUUGAAUUGCCCGAUAACGAGAGACAAUGCUUUUACGAAGACCUAGAGCAAGGAGUCAAGUUUGAUAUAGACUUUCAGGUAAUUGCUGGAGGAAACUAUGAUGUUGACUGUUUUGUGACAGAUCCAGUGAAUAACAUGCUGUAUCAGGAACGAAAAAAGCAAUAUGACAGCUUUUCCCACACAACAACCAUGAAGGGAGUGUACAAGGUCUGCUUUAGCAACGAGUUCUCGACCUUCUCUCACAAAACUGUAUACCUGGACUUCCGAACUGGAGAGGAACCCAGAUUAUUGCCUGACAUGAACGGAGCAACAGCUCUCACACAGAUGGAGUCGGCCUGCUUGUCUAUCCAUGAGAUCCUGAAAGUGGUUUCAGACUCUCAGACCUGGUAUCGCCUUCGAGAGGCUCAGGACCGUCUCAGGGCUGAAGAUCUGAAUGAGCGUGUGCACAUUUGGUCCAUUGGGGAGGCCAUCAUCCUGUUUGUGGUCUGUAUUGGCCAGGUGCUUAUGCUUAAAAGUUUCUUUAAUGACAAGAAAGCCAGUGUUGCCACCAGCACAUAGACCUAGAUCUCUAGUGUGCUGUCUUCUCUCCUAGAAGAUAAUCUGCUGAUUUAUUAGUCUGAUUCCCUUAAAACAAGAAGUCUUGACUGUUGCCUACAUCUAAUAAAAAUAA